CACAUUAAUUAACGUGUGCAGGGCGCAUGCGUAAACGUAUUAACAUUUCGGCCAUCUAUCUCGACAUCGCCCUCAAGUGGCCUUCACCACUUUAGUGCACGUUCCAGUGUAACUCUGCCUCUGAAUACAUUUCAGUGCUUUUGAUAAUCCACUAUGGUAAUCAUGACAAUCAUAGUCCACGGUUAAGUUCACGAAGGACAAAAUGGCGGUUGCCGUAAAGUUGUCGUUGAACGUGUAAUUUAUCUUCUUAUAAUUUGACGCACUUGUCGUCUGUACUUUGGGGUAACAUUAUUCCGAAGUGUAUAGCGAGUGAACUAUAUCAGUUUAAUUCCAUCUUAGUGUGUGUUUUGAUUAGUGAACUGUAUCGUCGGCCUGAUGCGGGUCGCAAACGAAUCGCCUAUUGCAAAUGAUGACUUCAAUGCUGCCUAGUUUCAAUCCACCGAUCGUAAAGAGGCUAUUGGGUUGGAAAAAAGGCGAGGGUGAAGACAAAUGGAGUGAAAAAGCUGUGAAGAGUUUGGUGAAAAAACUAAAAAAGUCCGCGGGGCUCGACGAACUUGAAAAAGCGAUCACCACGCAGAGUUGUAAUACCAAGUGCAUUACUAUACCAAGACCCAAUCAAGGAGGAAUCGGUGAUAACGGAGUCCAGGGCAUUCGGGGAAAGGGUCUACCACACGUAAUUUACUGUCGAUUGUGGCGUUGGCCAGAUUUACAGUCGCACCACGAGUUGCGAGCUAUUGAACAUUGCGAAUACGCAUUUACUCAAAAAAGAGACGAAGUUUGUGUGAAUCCAUAUCAUUAUCAAAGAAUACAAACUCCAGUUUUGCCAGCAAUCUUGGUGCCAAGGCAUAGUCUUUCUGGUGACGAAUCAGUUUUGUAUAAUACCUCACUAGAAGAGUUGAGCGUUAGUGUACCAGAAAACACAAGCUUUCACGCAACAUUAAACCAUCAACAGCACAACCAACAGGGCAUUCCGCAAUCUCCGCAACAGCAGCAACCGAAUAAUCCUUAUCAAGGAAUGCAGAGCAUGCAAGCAACAAGUCCUGCGAGUGUUGGUAGUUUAGGAAGCGUCCAAGGGUCUCCACGGCCGGCUCCAGGAUCUAUGGAUCCUCCAGCUGAUACGCCUCCACCUGGUUAUAUUAGCGAAGAUGGUGACAAUAUGGAUCAUAACGACAAUAUGUCCCUAUCACGUUUGUCUCCUAGUCCGGUAGAUGCGCAACCAGUGAUGUACUGUGAGCCUGCAUUUUGGUGUUCAAUAAGUUACUAUGAACUUAAUACAAGAGUAGGUGAAACAUUUCAUGCCUCUCAACCGAGUAUUACAGUGGAUGGUUUCACGGAUCCAAGUAAUUCAGAACGCUUUUGCCUUGGCCUUUUAUCCAAUGUAAACAGAAACACAGUUGUUGAACAAACCCGACGGCAUAUUGGGAAAGGAGUAAGGCUGUAUUACAUUGGUGGCGAAGUGUUUGCUGAAUGUCUAUCAGAUUCUAGUAUUUUUGUGCAAAGCCCUAACUGUAACCAACGUUAUGGAUGGCAUCCUGCAACUGUUUGCAAAAUACCACCUGGUUGUAAUCUUAAGAUUUUCAACAAUCAAGAGUUUGCUGCGCUCUUGUCGCAGUCGGUAUCUCAAGGUUUCGAAGCUGUAUAUCAGCUGACACGAAUGUGUACGAUCCGAAUGAGUUUUGUAAAGGGUUGGGGAGCCGAAUAUCGCCGCCAGACUGUUACUUCAACGCCAUGUUGGAUAGAAUUGCAUUUAAAUGGACCACUCCAAUGGCUCGACAGAGUUCUGACGCAGAUGGGUUCACCUAGAUUGCCAUGUUCAUCGAUGUCUUAAAAGAAAAAUCCUUCAGGAUGACCUUGCUUGGUCGAAUGUCUCGCUACUCUGCUUAAGCCUUUGGAAGAUUAAUGGGCUAAGACGAACGGAAAACUUCCAAUUGAUCGUUUCAUGUAUAAUUUAAAAUUGUAAUUAUUUCAUUUCAAAAUCUCCGUUAGUUGCGAUGAUCAAGUAUCGAAUAAUCAUGGAAAACGUGAUAAAAAAUAUGCAUGCAAGUGGACCAGGCAAAGAUGUGAUUGCGAUGGUACUCCAUGUCAGGAAUACACAUUUUGGUCACAAAGAUUGAAUACCAAACCUAGCUCUCAGAAUGCCUAUGGUUUAGAAAUCAUUGAUUUGUAAAUGACGACUGUAUUAAGGAAAAUUUGAAAACAAAUAUCAAGAACUUUGAAUUUUUUAUACAUUACCAGCUGUUGUAUUUGUAAAUACAUAUAACGGGUUCCAUCUUAUUUAAUCUAAUCAGUGAAAGUCAAUGACGUCAAUUUUUUUUACCAAUUAUCUUUCGGAUCUGAUGUUUGGCCAUUUUUCGCCACCUCUAUUGGUUUUAUCAAAUAUCCCUUUUUUCAUCAUAUUUUCGAAAACAGACAUUCAUUAAUUAGAUCCAAUACCAAGAACAUUAAUAUUUCUUAAAAAUGGUCGUAGAAAAAAAUGUGUCAUAAGAUUUGAGCUUACCGCAAUAACAUUUUCAUAAAUUUUUUCUAUCACAAAGAAAGAUGAAAAUCUUUUAACAUUUAUUUUAGGAUGCCUGAAUCUUAUGCUGCAUUUUUCGUCUCAUGUCAACGGAGUACUAACAUUUCUGAUGUUGAAACCAAUUACAAAACGCGUGUUACGAAAAUCAGGAAAAUUAAUGUAAUUAAUAAAACAAUAGAGGGGGCCAAAGCGGAAAAUGGUCAGCCACGUUUUUUACUUUUUUUUGUCAGAGUAUAACCGAAAGCAAUCUGACGAAAAAGUCAGCAUCCGCUAUCUUCCUUGAUUAAUAAUAAGUUUAAUAAGAUGGAAACCCACACAUACAUAUGUUUAUGUACAACGCACAUGAACUGGCUGCCAAUCCCACUUACAUCAUUAAUUGAGAAAUUUCGUUUUUCAAUUUCACAAUUGAUUAACAAGUUUCAAGUAUCGAGAAAAUUGAUAAUUUACUACAGUCCACUGGAAGAUUGCUUACACAAUUGUUUCUUCUUACUAGUCUAACGUAUAGCAAAAAUAUUUAUUGUACGUUGCUUUAAAGUUAUUCUCCAAUUCAACCUUAAUACCAGAUUGAACCUUUCCACUUUAACUAUUUUCAAAGCUGUUUACUAGAGUAUUAUUUAUUACAUAAACUGUACAUUAUUUCGACAUCAUUCGUCAUGGUUUGAAAUUUAGAAAUAUAUUAGGCAAAAAUUUAGUGAGGCAUUUUUUUCACUGUUGUCUUUUGCUUUAAUGUCGAGGAUGAUUAUUUUAGAAUAACCAGAUUCACUCAAUUGAAUUUUGUCAAAUGGAAAUGAGUCAUGAGAAACAUACAUGAUCCCAUAUUUGCAAGCUAAUUUGCAAGCAUUCUUCUUUUUUGCAUUACUGUAUAAAAAUGAGCCUGAUUCUAUGCAUACAUCAUUAUGAACAGUUGCGUUCAGCAGAUAUGAAUCUUGCAUAAUAUUUCCUUAACACCACUACUAUGGUGAUUUUGUAUUGAUAUUAGCUGACGAACCACAUCACUUCCAUAACUGUAAUCUUUGCUGAAUGUGAAAGAAGUUACACUUAUCCUUAAUAUUAUAUCAUUUUAAAGUAAUUAUCUUUUCUUGUGUACUGUGGUCUGGUUCGUACAUUACUCAUCAAUUUGGUGUUUAACAAUAUAUAAACUGAAUGAGUUAAGGGAGGUUUCUAGUUUGUUGGGCCGAAAAAUCUUCCAUUUCUUAUCAAUAUUUUAUGCAAAAAAUAUUAUAUCUAGAAUGUUGAUAUUUGGUAUGUUAACUAAGCAGUCUUUAUUGUACAUAAUAAUAUUUUUUAAAGUUUGACAAAACUUGGUAUUGGGAGUGGGAAGAGCCCCCCACGUAUGUCUCUGCGCCAGUGAUAAUAUUCUUUGCUAGCGGAAGUACUUCUCCACACGCUAUAUGAGCAAUUGUUAUAAAAUUUGGCAAGCACAUGUAAAACAAACGUCUCGUCGAGGAGCACUUCCGCAAAUGAAGAAUAUCAUCGCAGGUGCAGCAACAUACGUGGCUCCUCCCACUCCCAGUACCAUGUUUUGUCAAACUUUAAAAAAUAUUAUCAUGUUCAAUAAAGACCGCUUAGUAAACAUACCAAAUAUCAACAUUUAAUAUUUCAUAUUUUUUGCAUUACAAAUUGAUAAAAAUCGGAUUUUUUUCGGCCCAAGAAGGUAGUAACCUCCCUUAAUAAUUGGGGAUAAAUACACGUAUAUUCUAUCAGUGCUCAUAUGUUGUUGAGAAUUUAUGAAUUGGUUUAUAUUUUUCUACUAUGGUUUAAGGUUUAUUAUUCAAAUUCAAAAUAUCUAGUUUGUUACUUUUAUAUUUGCAAUGUUUAGAAAUCUUUUACAAUUCCAUGCCAUUGAAGUUACCUAUUUUCUAAUCAAUUCAUUUUUCCUAAACAAGAUUACACAGUGUUAAUGUUCACUUUUCUAUACUUCAGGGUUUUAAUUACUAAAACAACACUGGUUGGCUGCAUACCAUAGCGGCGUUUACAAGCUUUAUGCAACUUACUAUGGUAUCUUUUUUAGUCGUUGCAUCUUCACAAUGUUCAGUAAUUUCUUACUUUGCUUAUUAGUAGAAAUAUACAUAGUUCUCAUUAAUAGUGCCAAAGGUUGCCUCACACUUGACAAUCAAGUCUACUCCGAUUUUGUAGCUGAUUGUGAGUCAUAGUUGAGGGCUCUUGAUUGUAUAUCAUACUAUAAUUCCUUUUAUCUGAAUUUAUACGACCCCAGGCUGCUUGUACAGUAUUUUUCGAUUUUGAUUUUGAAACAAAAAUGGACGACUUGGAAACCUAAUCGCGGGUAUGUUCUUAUAUUUGACAAAAAUCAUGAAUUCACACAUUCUCAUGAUAUCCCAAAAAUAAGUCACUUUUUCUGUCACAGGAAGUUUGUGUUAGUUUAAUUUCAACUUCCUGUAACUAAGAAAUUUUAUGGCGAAAUAUAAAUAUUGUUCAGCUUGUACAUCAUUGUUUGCACUUCCAAAGUGCUAAAGGCGUGAUUUGGACAAUGAUUUGCAGGUAAAAGAAGAAAUAUAUUUAGUAAUGAAGUUCGGAAAUUUACAGCACACUGUCUAUUGCAGAUUACACUCAGAAAUAUAAUCGAAAAAUCUAAAGUCAAAAAACCAUUCAUCGUCUGAUCGUGAGUUAAAGCAAGUUAGAAUUGAUGUGAUUUUCUUUUGUUUUCUAAUCAAUUUCUUUUUUAUAAUUUUAUUUUGUUUUCCCGGUAGUCAGGCUUUUUCCAUCAAGUAUUACAAUUAUCUCUUUAUAGGCAAAAAUUUUAGCUUGACGAGUUUCAUGCCUGUAGCGCUUUACGUGUUUUUAUUCCUCGCAUUUAUUUUAAAAAGUGACCAGUGUUGGGAAAUAUCUCACGAAUGCAUAUUUUCGUUAUUUAGAAACUUAGGAUUGCAAUUGCCUAAAUCAUCAUAAAGAAAAACAUACUCAUAUUUUGGAAAUCCAGUUUCUUCAAAUUCAUUCUGAAAUUGCAAUACAAUUAUUUUUGAACCAAUGUUUUAUCACGUUAACGUUAUUAACAUUAGUCAUCUUAAUUCUUGAUUGAUGAUGCAAUUCCAUUAUUCACGAAUUAAUCAGAACAAUUGUUAUAAAAUGAAUUGGCCUCUUUCUUGUUCAUUAUUAAAUCGAAACUUUGAAGCUGUAUUACAAGAUGGUAACCUAGGGUUUGGUUCAUCCCUACUUAUUUUGUAAGUCACAAUUAAUUAACGCAACACAUAGAUAGCUUAACUUCAUGCGAACAGAAACUUGAGAAGUUAGCCACAGCAAACCAUCUUUCUUCUAUUAUACAUAAAGUGAAUUUUUUAAAAGGUAAUUAAAGUGAAACAUUUACAAAAUUUAUUAUCUUUGAGCUUCCGUAAAUAAUCUCCAGUCAUUAUUUCUAAUUAUGCGUGUUAUUUAUAAUACCAAAUUUUGGAAAUAUGGGAUUUAGCGAUCAGUUCAUUAUUUUCGUCUAGUAUUGGCAUAAAUAGUUUGAAGAUACAACAAUUCAGUCAAUCUGUUGCGUUAUUAUCGUGAUUCCAUCGUAAUGUACGUUUAUUAUACACGAUACAAUUACUGUUAUUUUUUAUAAAUAUUCCUCAAACUAGGCAUUACAUAAGAAUCAUGCCUACACGAAAAGUAGUUCAGUAUUAAUAUUUGAAGUACACAAUGAUUGGAAGUUACAAUUUGAACAAUCGGCAUUUUCCAUUCGCAUUAAAAACAGAAUGAAAAUCCUAUAGUAUGAACUUACUGUUGUAGCAAUAAAAAUAUGCAGCUGUUAUACUGUUAUUCUCACUUUGAAUGAAAGAUAAGAUUCAAAACCGACAGCAAACGAACCUACUACUGUAGGAAAUAUGGAUGUUUAACUCACGUUAAACGUAGUACGUUAACUGAAUGUCUUGCAUAAAAAUUUCUAAUACUAUAUCGUAUACUAUACACCUGGUAUACAAUGAAUGUAAAAUCAACCAAGCUACCUUUCCAAAGGUAGAAAAAAUAUCGUUACGUAUUAUGGUGUCUUAUCGUAUCUAAUGUCAUAUUAAUUAUUAAUAAGUAUGAUAAGAGUAUACAUUCUAUAAACGAAAUGUCUUAUAUUAUACAUACUUAUAAUACAAUAUAAUAUUGAAGAAAAGAUCAAAUACCAUGUACUGAGCUUGCUGAACCGUUGGAAGUAGCGUGAAACGAAUAUUGAGGUUUCCAAAGUUAUGUUUUUUGCGUUAUGUAGGGAAAAAAAUCUUGAUUCGAUGUAUUAGCUGAAAUAUCAUGUAACAUAUAGGAAGGCCUGCUAAAAAUGAUUAAUUAGUUUUAUCGAAUAAAGCAACAACUGAUUGCAGAAUGAAAGUGGGGUAAGUUAUAGUGAACCACCCUUAUAACAAAACAAUGAAAAUCAUGCUACCUACAGGGUGACCCCGUUGCGACUAGACAUUAUGUUACAAUCAAUUUACUUUCAUAGAGGGACAACACAGCGCUUUAUCAAUUAUAUUAAAUUUGAUUCCAAAUUAACGAUAUUGUAUACGUAUGUGUAAUGCAGUGUUUCUUAACUUGUGGGUUAUCAAAUAUUAGAGUAUUGACGGGUCCGUCAAAUGUCUGGCAAUGGGCUGUGAUGAAGUAAAUUGUAAAACAAUUGUAGUAUUUACCUGGUUCGUGGUACUUUUUGAGAUACCAGUGACUGAGCAUGUGCUUAGGUGUACGUAAUACUUAACAAUUACCUAUUUUAUGAUGCGAGAAUUUUUGUUGGACUUACUCAAGAGCGGAUGAAAAUCUUCAAAUGUGUUAAAGUAUUAUGUGCUAUUUUGGCGUGGUAUCUCUUAUACUAAAAAACAUUUGUAAAAUAUUUUGCAAGAAUAUAUUUUGACCAAUUUUCCAUAUCCCAGAAUUGAAUGACAAAAUUAUGUAUUUAAAAAUAAUUUUUAAAAACUGUUGGUACUCUUGAAAAUAAGCAUAAAAUUCACUAUUUAUUGAUUACAGUUCUCUGUAUUCAUAUAUUUCAAAAAUUCGAAGUACCAAAUUACGGUCUGGGCAUAGACUAUUUUAAUCAUUGAUUGAAAUAAAUAAUCUAGAGGUAAAAUAGAUGUAUAAAAUUAGUUGAUAAUUAUAAAUUUGUAAUAUAUCCUAUAAUAUUAAUUGUUAUCUUAUAGUACUAAUAAUAAAAAUUCUUUAUCCAUGCAAAGCAUGAAAUUUUGUCAGACAAAAAGAAAUGGUGAGUAGUAAUUUAAUUAAAUCUUGUACAAAUUGGAAUGAAUGGCAAUACGAAAGUGAUUUGAAUUCGUGAAAACAAACGUUUAAUGAAAUAAGAAACCGGUAACUGCUGUAUUCUACCACAUUCGCUAGUAGGAACUAAUUGUAGUUUUAGACCAAGAACAUUAAUUUGUGCAAUCCUCAAAAAAAUUAGACACUGAUAUUAACAGUUGAACUUCCUGUAAUUAUCAUUGCUUGCAUUAUCAACUAUCUGACUAUUAUUCAACUUAUUCCGAAAGUAUAUGCAGAGUUGAUU